CGAGCCCUGACUUCUGCUGGGAAACACACACACACAGUCACACAUAGUCACACAUAGGCAGAGCGCCAGCAGCCUCGUCUAGUAGCGUCUUUGUGCAUCAGAUUAGUGAUCACGGCUUCCUCUCAGACAGCGCUGCACAAACGCACACGCACGCACGCACACUGAUGGAUUCUGGACCUCGGCGCUCCCUGACACUCUUUGUGAGGGUGCUCAUGAUUUCAGCCACAGCAUCGGCCGUUAACCUUGAGGGAGAACUUUUCAAGGAUUUGAUGAAGGGCUACAACAAGAACGUUCGGCCCAUGGAGAAGAGUGGAGACAUCACUGAGGUCACCAUCAAGAUGACGCUCACCAACCUCAUCUCUCUGAAUGAAAAGGAGGAGGCCCUGACGACCAGCGUCUGGAUAGAGCUGAAAUGGUGCGACUACAGGCUCAGGUGGGACCAGCCGCCCAGGUCGGCUCUGUACGGGAACAUCACCUCUGAGCUUCGCAUCCCUUCUAAAAGCAUCUGGCUGCCUGACGUCAUACUGGAGAACAAUGUGGAUGGACAGUUUGAGGUGGCACUUUACUGCAAUGCGCUGGUGUCUCCUGACGGCUGUGUGUACUGGCUGCCUCCCGCCAUCUACCGGAGCGCCUGCGCCAUCACUGUCAACUACUUUCCCUUUGACUGGCAGAACUGCACCAUGGUUUUCCGCUCCCAGACCUACAGCGCCAAUGAGAUCGAGCUGGUUCUCAAAGAGGAGGAUAACCACACACUGGAGUGGGUGGAUAUUGACCCGGAGGCUUUUACAGAGAACGGAGAGUGGGUGAUAAAACACAGACCAGCCAAGAAGGUGAUCAACACUCAGUACAGUAAAGACGAGCUGGGGUACCAGGAGGUUGUCUUCUUCCUCAUCAUCCAGAGAAAGCCCCUCUUCUACAUCAUCAACAUCAUCGCUCCCUGUGUGCUCUUCUCCUCACUCGGCUUGUUGGUCUACUACUUACCUGCCAAAGCCGGUGGCCAGAAGUGCACCAUGUCUAUUGCCACGCUUCUGGGCCAGACUGUCUUCCUCUUCCUUAUUGCGAAGAAAGUCCCAGAGACUUCAAAGGCUGUUCCUCUUAUUGGAAAGUAUCUGAUGUUUGUGAUGUCCGUGACCACCAUGGUAGUGAUGAACUGCGUGAUAGUUCUCAACGUGUCCCUGAGAACACCAAACACUCACAUAAUGACGGACAAAGUCCGAAAGAUCCUCCUAAACAUCCUGCCUCGGCUGCUGAGGAUGCAGAUGCAACCGUGGACACCAGACGCAUCAGAAACUCCGUCUACAGGCAAGAAGGCCGUGUAUCGACGCCGCAGCUCCGUGACUGUCAUCACCAAGGCAGAAGAAUAUGCUACGGACAUGGCUCGAUCUGAGCUCAUGUUUGCCAGACUCAAAGAGAGAAACGGUUUGAUGAAGUCAGUCUUAGAGAAGCUACGUGUCGGUCUGGAGGGAGGCACAGCUGAGCAGCUCAGCACCAGCCUAGCGAAGGCCUCUCCGGAGCUGAAGCAGUGCGUCGCCUCCUGCAAACACAUAGCAGAGACCGCACGUCAGCAGAACAACUUCCAGAAUGAGAAUGAGGAAUGGUUCCUGGUUGCCCGGGUGAUCGACAGGGCCUGCUUCAUUGUCAUGGCGCUGGUGUUUUUCAUCGGCACCAUUGCCAUCUUCCUGAUGGGCCAUUUCAACCAGCCGCCCUCCUCGCCUUUCCAUGGGGAUCCGAAGAAGUACCUCCCUCCAUUAAACAAUGUUACUGAUAUCGCAGACAUUCUGGUGUGAACCAGGAAGAAAAUCGCUGGAUAUCACCCAAAAAUGGAAAUCUGACAGUGUCUGACUGAGACACAGAGAUUUAAGAAGAUGCAGCUGCAUGUGCAGUAUUUUCAGCAUUGUGUCAGUUGGGGGUCUGUGGACUGUCACAGAACUUCAUCUACAUGUCACUCUUGUUAAUGACGACUGCUGUACAGUUGUGUGGAUGCAUGCUUGUAUCAGCUGUAACAGACAACGAUGUUUUGCUGUAUAAGAAUAAGGAGUUGUAUUUGCUGGCUGCUUCACUCGCUGCUGAUGUUUAUAUAAAGUUCAUGUCCAUCGUGAGCCAUGGUGUUGAUCACACAUGUAAGUACUGUACAACCAAAUGUUCCAACUCAGUUUUUUUUUUUUUUUUAUCAAUAAAAAGUAUAAGGGA